CCCGCGCCCCCCGCGGACCGCGGUGGUGCGGCCCGGGCGGUCACGUGAGCGGGUGUUGAUGCGUCGCCUGGUAACGGGAACAUGGCGGAGCCGCCGCGGGCCCAGCCCAGCCCCGGCGCUAUGGAGGAGCCGCCCGGUGCCGCGGCAGAGGAGUCUGCGGGGGAAUUGGGCUCCGCGGAGCGGGAUGAAAGCAGAGCUCCAUCACAUCUUCCUCUGGAGGGAAAAUCGCCUGAGACUUUCCCAGAAAACGAACGUGCCACUUGUCCUCCUGAGCAGGGUGACGUGGAGCAGGCAGUUCCAGGCAGAGGAGCCCCGUCCCUUCCCUCAGGAGCACCUGCAGCAGAACCAGGGAGCAAAGGACGAGCCAGUUCUCACCAUGCAGAGCUGACCUUUGAGCUCCCGAGUGAUCAUGGCAACCAAAGACAGGACAAGGGGUUGCAGCAGCGUGGAGCUGAGGAACAUGGGAUAAGAAAAAGUAGGAGGAAAACAGCAGAAGAAGCAGAACUGGUCAUCUUGGAUCCAGAACAUCCUCUGAUGACAAGAUUCCAGGCUGCCCUGAAGAAUUACCUCACUAAGCAGAUAGAACAAGUGAACCUAGACGUCCAUGAACUGAGGGCAGCAGUGAAGACCAGCAAAGAGCAGAGGGAAGAGCUCGGGGUGAUCCUUUACGGAGCCCAGCAGCAGCUGGGGCAGCUGGAGGUGGAACUGGAGAAGAGCCACGAGCGCUAUUCUCAGGCGGCCGCAGUGCGGCAGCAGCUGGAAGAGGAACUGCAGGGCCUCAGGGAUGCUCACAAGGAAAUAUGUCGCAACACAGAUGAUGAACGCAAGAAAGUUUCUGCAAUGCAGACACAGAUUGAAAACCUGGCCUUGCAGCUCUUCUAUGUGCAGAACAUGGACCAGGACAUGCAUCACAGGGUUUUACUGAUGAAACAGUCAGCAAAGAGGGCUGAGGCAGAGAGGAUCCAGGCUGAGGUGGAAAAGAAAAAACAGGACCUUCUCCUGGACCAGUUAACGAGGAGAGUCUACGAGCUCCAGGAACAAAUUGCUCUGUUUGAAGCUCAGCUUGUGGCCCAGGCAGAGGACACAAAAGUGACCCGGCAGGCAGUCAGUGAGGCUGGUCUGGAGGUCCAGGCUAUUAACAUGGAAAAGAAGAGGCUGAUGGACCAUUGGAACAGCAGCUUGGCUGGAAUGAAGCAGAGGGACGAGGCCUAUGUUGUCAGUCAGGAGCUGCUGGGCAACUACAGACGUGACCUCAAGUCCCUAGAAGGGGACAUCCAUGGCUGUGGGAAGUCCAUCAGGAAAGAGGAGGAGAAGAAUGAGAACCUUGUUGCCCUCCUGAACCGGUCCCAGAAUGAUACCAGUGUGACAAGGAAACUGCUUGCCCAGUGCCUGCUGGAGCAGGAGGCCCUGCAGGUUCAAACUGGCACCUACACUCAUGUUCUCCAGGAGACAGAGCAGGCCCUCAGCAGGACCAAGAUGGACCAAGCCGCUCACCUGAAUGAGUUGCUGGCCAUCAGGAAGGGCAUAGAGAAGGGAACUUCUGUCAAAGAGCAGCUAGAGAGUGAAAUCAUGGCAAAGCUUCAGGACCAGAUGAUGUCCAACAAAGCUGCAAAGCACUUCUUCCAGCUGGCUGAAAAAAUUCGGAACAGAAAAAGCAACCUGGAGCUGCAUUUUUACAAGGUUGAGAACGAUGUGGCCCAGAUUAUUCUGAAUGCAACCAAUACCAGCUGCAGGCUGGCAGUUCAUGAAAAAACACUCUGUGAGGUGGACAAGGAAAUAAAAAAUAUGAAUGAGCUGAUUGCCUGCCAGGAAAGCGAGAUUGCAAAGUCCAGGCUCCUGGCUGACAAGAAGGGAGGGAUCAUCUGCCUGUACAACAAGAAGCUGGAGAUGCUUCUUGCUCAGCAGGGGGGGCAAGAACUGGGACCACUGGAACUUGAGAUCAACCAGCUGAACAAGGAGAUAGAAGAAUGCAGUUCUGAGGUGAUGACGUUGCAGAAGCACUGGCUCAAUGAGCAGAAGGAGCUGGCCAAGCUGACACGGGAGCGGGAUGAGCAAAUAACCUCCCUGGAUAUGUUACAGAAACAGAUCAUCAUCAUGCAGCAGAGGAAACUGCGCAUGGAAAAUGAAAUUCAGCAGGAAAUAAAAGAACAGAAGGACGUGAAACAGCACAUGAAGAACAUCUCAAAUGACUUGAUAAAGUUGAAUGUGUUGAUCAACAAGAACAACAGCAGCUUUGAGGAGCUGCAAAAUGGCAAAAUUGUCACAGAGAACGAGUUUGUGCACUCUCUCAAGGCAGCAGAAAAAGAAUCUGUGGAGAUGCAGGAGAGGCACAGUCAACUGAUUGAGGAGAAGGAAAGGCUCCUGAACAGCCUGGUAGAAGCAGAGCAUCAGAUCCUACUGUGGGAGAAAAAGAUCCAGCUGGCAAAAGAGAUGCGGGAAGCAACAGAUUCUCUGUUUGAACAAGGCGAAAUCCAUGACAUGAAAACAGAGAUUCGUAGGAUGCAAGUCCGCUAUGGGCAGCUGCUGAAGCAGCAGGAGAUGUUGAUCCGGGCUAUGGAGGCGAGUGUUUCUCACAGAGAGACGAUAACGAAUCGGGCAGAGGCUCAGAGCAAAGUAGAUGAGAAACACAUCACCAAGAAUGACUUCCAAAGCAGGAAAGAAGAGCUGAAGAAGAAGAUCAGGGAAACCCGGGAGAACAUUUAUGAAUGCAACCAAACCAUCCAGGAGCUGGAGACCAUCCAAGAGUCCCUCAGUGACACCUUUUCAGAAAAGAAGCAGGAAUUUUGCCAGCUCCAGGCUGAGAUCGACAGCCUCAUCUUGGACAUAGAAUGUCUUCAGAACGAGAAACGAUGGAACCUGUUGGAGCUUGUGGCCCACCAGGCGCACCAGAAGCAGCUGCAGGCACUGAGGGAAGGGAAGUACAGGGCCCUGUGCCACACUGAGGAAGCCUGCAUGAACCAGCAGGAGAAACUGCAGGCUCGGCUGCAGACCAUUAACACCAUCGUGCAGCAGAUCCAGGAGGAACAGCCCCAGCACCAAAGGGCUCUGCAGUGGCUCAGUCACUGGCUGGGGUCCAAGCUCAGAUGGAGAAAGCCUGACAGAAACAUAGAAAAUACAUGUAAUAUCUUUUUUAUUCUUCCACAGGUUGCAGACUUUGUAAAUAAAUAAAUACAGAAAAAUAA